AUGUUGCACCAGCUCCUGGGCCCCAUUGUCCCUGAGGAGGAGGAUCCAGUGGGUGUUGUCCAGGAAAAUGAAGGUGUUUUUGCCAUCCAGCCACACAGUGAGGAGGAAUAUGAAGAAGAUGUAAUAGAGCCACGAGCUCUAAAUGAAAUAACCACCAUGACAGAUGGGACGAGCCCCUGGUCCAGUGUGAUCUCUGAAACGGGGCAGGGGGCUGAGCUGCAGCCUCUGGAGCCCAGGCCUGCAGAGCAGCCCUCCACAGGUGUGGGGUGUUUCCAAAGGGGCAACAGCAGCACCUUGUCCAGCACGCUGCAAGGGGACAGCCAGAGCCUGCUCAGCGCCCUGAGCCCACCCUUGAGCCCCCACAUGGCAGGCAGGAGCUUCCAGGGCUUCCACAGCAGCACAGGAGCAGCAGCUGGAGACUUCCAGGGCUUCCACAGCAGCACAGGAGCAGCAGCUGGAGACUUCCAGACCAUAAAGAAAAGUGUGGAGCUCCAUGCAGGCUCCAAGGAGCCGCUGCCAUCCCCAGGAGACGUGGGUGUGACCAAUCAAAAAGCCACUGAGAGAGAGGAGGAGGAGGAUGCUGAGGCUGUAAAUGGAGAUCAUCAAGGCAAGGAAGGAAGUGGUUCUGACGAGAACUGUGCUCAGAGUGUAUCAGCCCAAGCUGGCUCAGAAAGAAACAGCGAGAGCUUCCCUGAUGACAGCAGUGAGGACCCAGGGGAAGGCUCAGAAAACGCCAUCAAACAAAAAAUCACUUUAUCUGAUCCUGUGGUAGUUCCCAACUUCUUCCUUCCACCCCAGGAGAUGGAAGCCUCCAUGAGACUGCUCUGCACUUCUUCCUAUCCUUCCACACCUCCAAAAGGCAGGAGUGGAGCAGUGCCUGGAGGGAUCCCCUACCGAAGAGCCACUCGUCCCAGGCCCAGCCCCCAGCUCUCAGAGGAGGAAGCCAAGAGAAUCGCCAGGAUCUUCUCUGCUCAGCUCUCCAAGAAGGAAUAGUGCUGCCCAGAGACCCUGCACAGCACAGCUUCCUCAGCCAGGCAUGGGCAGAGCCCCCCUGGGAAGGGGAGGUGGAGGCCACAGCUUUCAGGCUCUGCUUCUAGUUUGCCUAACUGGUUAGUUAAUUAAGUCCCCUGUUUACAAGGGCUUGAAGCCUGAGGUCACCCACAGGGAGCUGUGUCUUGUAGGGGCAGGUCCCCAGUGAGACCCACCCCUGUGGGUAACCCAUGACCUGUUACGUGCUCUCCAAGUAGUCCAGUUUGAGGAUUUCCUGUGAAAUGGCCCUUUCAAAAAUAAUUCAUGGGCAGCACAAUUCUCUGUUUCCUCAGGUGCCCAAAGUGCUUGUGUCAACACAGGCCAAGGGGACCAUAAAAUCUGGUGGGUGUACAAAUGAGGGUGACUAGAAAGAUGAGACUUUUAUAUUUAUAUUUAAAUUAUUUUUGUACACCUUUCAGAAAACAGACUUUGAUGCCAGCAGAGCUCAGUUAUUUUUGUACUGCUCUCUCCAGUGUUUGUUUCAAUAAAAUUCCCUGGUUUCUUGUCA